AUGAAUUACUCGGACAAGCGAAUAAGAAAACUCAACGAGGUGUCCCUGAAAAAGUUGAAAGAGGGUCACGGGCCCUGUAACGAGUGCAUCUGUAACCUCAUCUGCCCUCCCCCGGAAAAAAUCAACCUGAAGGACACGUUACGGGCAGCACUGGAUACAGUGCUUAUGUACAAGGACUCCACGGAGAAGUUGGUGGAGGCCAAGGCGUCCAAAACCUUCAAGGAAAUACAAGAAUUUAAGGGGAGGGUGACCGGCAACGCACCAGCAACGUCAGGGAAGGCACCAAGGUCAGGCAAGUCAGCGAAGUCAGCGACGUCAGAGAAGAAGGACCCAAAAGCAAAAGACAAAAAGUAA